UUCCCUAGUGACGCGGCAAGCGCGUACGGACACACCGAUUCGCUCCUCGCCUCGGUGCGCGCGGCAGACCCCGACCACCACUCCGCCGGUGAUCUGACGAUGGCGGCGGCCGGCCCACCGCCGGCGCGCGCCCUCUCCGCGGGGUCUCGGAGGGCUCCGCUAGCCUUGGGCCUCGCGCCGCCGCGGCAGGGGGCUAGGGUUGGCGCUUCGCGGCUCCGCCAGGACAAUGUUCACUGUCAUAGCCGGUUGAUAUCGACUAAUUUCAAUUCAAGGCCAUCGUUGUGUCCUCCUUGCCAUUGUGCUCAGAUGGCUUUGGCUGACCCAGUGGUUUCUUAUCAGCCUGAUUCUGACAAGCAUGCUGGAGUUCUUGCCUAUGACCUGGUCCAAGGGAACCUUGUACAAUGGAACUCAUUUAUGGACAAAUCAAUACCUGAUCCACCAACAGCUGUACUCCUUCACGGUAUCCUUGGAAGCGGGAAAAACUGGGGGUCUUUUGCGAAGAGGUUAGCUCAAGAAUUUCCAAUGUGGCAGUUUCUCUUGGUUGAUUUGCGUUGCCAUGGCGAGUCAGCGUCAAUUAAGAAAAAAGGACCACACACUGUUGCUUCGACCGCUUUUGAUGUUCUAAAGCUGAUAUCGCAACUCAGGCUAAGCCCUAGAGUGUUGGUUGGACACAGCUUUGGUGGAAAAGUGGCUUUGAGUAUGGUAGAACAAGCUGCAAAACCUCUUCCUCGUCCUGUUCGGGUUUGGGUUCUCGAUUCUACACCUGGCAAAGUUCGUGCUGGGUUAGAUAAGGAAGAUCAUCCUGCUGAACUUAUUGAGUUCCUCAGAAGAAUGCCUGUGCAGGUUAAGUCAAAGAAGGAAGUGGUUGAUGCUCUUAUUAAAGGACAGUUUUCUUUAGAUGUUGCACAGUGGGUGGCAACAAAUCUCCGACGAAGCAGUCCAUUAGGACCACGGUCGUCUUCAAGCUACUCAUGGAUAUUUGACUUAAAUGGCAUCUCUGAGAUGUACAAGUCAUACGAAGAUACUAACUUAUGGAGGAUUGUAGAGAAUGUACCACGGGGAGUUCAUAUUAGUUUCCUUAAGGCCGAAAGAAGUUUGCAUAGAUGGGCUCUUGAAGACCUCCAGAGAAUUCAUACCGCGGAGGAACUGGCUGCAGAUGAGGGUGGAGGAGUUGAAAUGCAUAUGCUUGAAGAUGCUGGACAUUGGGUUCAUGCAGAUAACCCCGAUGGGCUUUUCAGAAUUCUUUCAUCGACCUUCCGCAUCGAGAAUACCAUAAGAGGGGCGCGGGAUUGAGGUACACGACUUCAAACGUUUUGUAGAAUAUACAGAGAGGGAAAAGAAAACUGUAGCGAUGGAGCUAACUGCGACAAUCGGCUUGUUAGUGCAUAUUCGUUCAUUCAUUCGUUUCCUUGUAAUUGUGCGUGUAACAUGACAAUCGGCCGCAGUUAUGCUGUAACAAACCAAUAUGUAAUUAUUUCGCCAUACAAUAACUAGUAAUUGUACAAAUUGUGUACGUAAUUUAACCCCUGGUUUAUUGGCCGA